GAUCCUGAUUACAAAAUGACAGAUGACCCAAAUGCUGUAUGCCCUUCAUCCUCGAAACCUGUACCAAACCCAGGGAAAUGGGGCAGCUACCUUUGUGAUUCUAACUGGGAACUUAUUAACCUAUCCAUUUAUACCAUGAGAGACAUUCACCCUCAACCAGACUUCAUUCUUUGGACAGGUGAUGACACCCCUCAUGUUGCUGACAAGAACCUUGGUGAGGAUACAGUCCUGAAAAUAAUUGGAAAUGUAACCCAUCUGAUACAAGAGGUGUUUCCAGGUACUAAAGUCUACUCUGCAAUGGGAAAUCAUGACUUUCAUCCAAAGAAUCAAUUUCCUGCUACCUAUCAUAGGAUUUACAACAAAACAGCAGAACUCUGGACACCUUGGAUGAACCCUCAGUCUAUCCUCAGGUUUAAUAAAGGAGCUUUCUACACUGAGAAGCUGCUGAAUCGAACAGACCAGCGUGUUAUUGUCUUAAACACAAAUCUGUACUACACCAGCAAUAAGCUUCAUCCUGGACUCCAUGAUCCCGCUGGUCAGCUCCAAUGGCUUGAUGAAAUACUUUCAAAGGCAAUAGCAUCAAAAGAAAAAGUUUAUAUUAUUGGUCAUAUACCACCAGGCUUUUUUGAAAAGAGGAGAGGAGUAUCCUGGUUUCAAGAGGACUUCAAUGAAAGAUACAUCAAAAUUGUUCAAAAGUAUCACAGUGUAAUAGCUGGUCAGUUCUUUGGACAUCACCAUACUGACAGCUUCAGGAUGUUCUAUAGCAAUUCAGGUUCCCCUUUAGGAGUUAUGUUUAUUGCACCUGGCAUUUCUCCAUGGAAGACAACGUUACCCGGUGUAAAGAAUGGAGCUAACAAUCCAGGGAUGCGAUUAUUUCAAUAUGACACAAAAACAUUGGAAAUUAAGAAUAUGAUGACAUAUUACUUCAAUUUAAGCUAUGCCAACACUGUGACUCCACUCUGGAAACAGGAAUACAAUUUAACAGGGGCGUUUGGAGUUCCAGAUGGUACAUUUCAAUCUAUGCAAAUGGCACUGGAUAAGCUGUGCGAUGAUGAUGAGUAUCUGCAGAAAUAUUAUAAAUACAAUUCUGUCAGUUAUGAUUUAAGCAAAUGUGAUGAGAACUGUAAAAAUGAUCAGAUUUGUGCAAUCAAAGCAGUUGACUUUGUUCAAUAUAAGGAGUGUGUUCGAGGUGAGAGUCCUAAUUGUGCUGCAACAUUGCCUAUCAUUCCAUUACUGCUUCUUUCUGUGUUGCCUCUUCAAUUCUAAUAUUCACCUGAAUGAGGAUUAUAAGAAUGGUUGCCAACCAGCAUAAGGGAAAACUAGCUUGUGGUAAAGCAAUGGUAUGGCCAAUAAAGUAAG